AUGCAAGAUCAUAGCUGGCCAGAGGUUGAAGAACAGUUCGCGGAGAUUUUUGGCCAGCGAACCAAGGGAGGCUUAACAUCCGUGUACUAUCGAGUACGCAAGGACUGGGGCUUGGCCGAAGUGCUGAAAUCUGGACCGGGAUCGGUUGCUGAAGACUGCCGGGCUGUCGAAACACGAGCACUCAACUUCUCCGCAGAAUUCCUUCGCCAAAUUGGAUAUCUGUCAGCACGCCGUUGA